AUGGCAGAUCAAAGACAGCCCCAACAACAACGGCAUCAACGGCAUCAGCCGGUAUCCUCGCUCACAAAGCUUUUAAACACUUCUUCACCACAUCUUGUGCCACAGCCGAAAGGCAAGGAUGACUCAAAUGACAAUGUUGAGUCAACCACAACACCAGAUGAGAGCCAUAGUCAUAGUAAUGGAGUUGCAAUCAAUGGUAACGGCUCGUUAAAUAAUUAUCAAUCACUUCAUCUAGAUACCUCAGGAGUAACAAAAGUAGGAGGAGGAGGGGCAUCAACAGUAGCAGCAGCAGCAGCAGCAGGAACAGGAACAACAGCAGAUGAGUUUGGUCCAUCUCCCAAUACAAAGAUUGGCCAAAUUUCUCCAUUUACUCCAACUUCGGCUUCCUCAUUUACAAGACAAUCGUCAAGUUCAUUUUCAAAUAAUUAUCUAUUUCAAAAUCGACCUAAUGCUAGUCCCAGAAACUUGAGAAACAAUUCUAUAAGUCAUUCGUCAUUUGCAAUGGGAUUUGGUGGAGAUAGUUUAUCAACUUCAAUUCCUUAUAGCGCCCCUGGAGGAAAGAGUAAUAAUCAAGCAAUACACUCACAUAAUGGAAAUGGCAAUAACAAUGGUUUUUCAAAUGGAGCAAACCCUUCUUCUCUCCAGCGAGAAUCAUACUUAUCUUCAUUCAAUUCAAAUGACUCAAACUUGAAUUUAAACCUAACUUCACAUAUUCCAAAUUUGCCAAACGGUCAGCCUAUUAAUAGUAUACAUAUUCAAUCACCUCAGGUUAAUUCGUCAAGUAUUGAUUCGAGAUUUGUCAUUUCAAAACAAAGAGUAGCUCAAGCACAUGCAUCACAAUUGAGUACUUCUCAAAGAUCCGGCUCACAAAGUGGAUUGUCUUAUUUCUUUUCAUCAAAGAGCAAAUCGUUGAAAAAGGAUUCAAGUACUGAUUUAGGUUCAUUUUAUAAUAAUUCGUAUCAUGACAAUAAUAAUGAAGUUACCGGAUCGCCGGGAUCUUUUUCAUCAAUGGAGUCUGGUCAUUCCUCAACAACAACAACAACAACAACAGCAUUGCAUAACACCAUUACUGGUUUGGGUGGUCCAACUGCUAUACCCUCCAGGCAUAAUUCAAUGUCAAAUUUAAAACGGUUUUUCAAAAAAUCAACACCAGCGGCAAUGCCAUCCUCAUCAAACCUAUCCUCGUCAUUGAAAUCCGGUGCUAUUGGCGUAAACAGUGGCAGUGGCAGUGGCAGUGGCAAUGUUUCUAACUCGGUAAACAUUCCUAUACCAAAUGGACACACUUUGGAUUUUGUAUCGGCAAAUGCCGCAUCGUCGUUUUCAAAUAACUCCCCUGGAACACCUGCAACAACUUCUUCGUCGACGAUCUCCAUUAGCCGCUCAUCAACACUACAAAACAAAAUCAAAUAUCAAGAACGACGUCAAUCUGUAUCCCAAGUAAUCAACCCCAAUCAGCAAUUGCCCUUUUCCAAACGGUAUAGCAAACUUGGUGAAAGUCUUGGAGCAGGAGCAGGUGGCGCAGUGAAACUAGUCACACGAGUUGAUGAUAAAAAGGUGUUUGCCGUUAAGGAGUUUAGAGCUAAAUAUCAAAGCGAAACAAAAAGAGAUUAUGCCAAAAAGAUUACUGGCGAGUAUUGUAUUGGAUCAACACUAAAACAUCCAAAUAUCAUUGAAACAGUUGAAAUAUGUUACGAAAAUGAACAAAUUUUACAAGUUAUGGAAUAUUGCGAUUAUGAUUUGUUUGCUAUAGUGAUGUCGAACAAAAUGUCUAGAGAAGAAAUCAAUUGUUGUUUUAAGCAAAUCUUAUCUGGUGUUCAUUACUUGCAUUCUUUGGGAUUAGCACAUCGUGAUUUGAAAUUGGAUAAUUGUGUAAUCGAUGCCAGAGGAAUAGUCAAGAUUAUAGAUUUUGGAUCAGCAGUGGUGUUUUCAUAUCCAUUUUCAAAAACACUUAUUGAAGCUCAAGGUAUAGUUGGAUCUGAUCCGUAUUUGGCACCAGAAGUUUGUGUUUUCAACAAGUAUGAUCCAAGACCAGUGGAUGUUUGGUCUACUGCUAUUAUAUUCUGUUGUAUGAUGUUGAAGAAAUUCCCAUGGAAGGUUCCCAAAUUAUCUGAUUCAAGCUUCAAAUUAUUUGCCACUAGAGGCGAGUUUAUACCUAUACUGGAAAUGUUGAAAAAGACUCCUCAGGAUAUUGAACAUUCACAUUCAUCUAGUGAUGGCUCAUCUGUAUGCACAUUGAGCAAUCUCGGCGAAAUUAGUGAAGCAUUGGAAGAAGAUAUCUCGGAAAUACCGUCGGCACUGAAGACUAAGCAAACAGCACAACAACUAGCCAAUAAUACCAAAAAAACUCGAGAAGCAAAAGAUCACACAUCAAGUGAAACAGGGGUUGAUAGACUUCUUUUGGCAUUACCUGAAGAUUGUCGAAACUUGAUUGGUCGUAUGGUUGAACUAGCACCGGCAUGUAGAAUCACAAUCGACGAAGUAUUUGAAGAUCCGUGGUUGAAGUCGGUUUGUAUGUGUACAGUUGAGGAAGUUGCUUUGGGAAGCAAUAUCUUUGAUGUUAUCAAAUGCGACGAUCAUGAACACACUCAAGUGGACCAGUCCAAGGCUCAUAUUGCAGCUUUUGAAAAAAGUAAGAAGAAAUAA